AUGGAUCUUGAUCUCAAACUUGUUACCGAUUUAAGCACCGUUCAGGAUUACUUGAAGGGUAUACUAUGGACAAUCUUUUUCCACAGGCUUUUUGGUCAAUUAACUCCCGAAGACGGAAAAAACUAUCUGGGUGUACCUUAUCCUGUUUUUUCAUGUCCAGAUUUGGCUAGUUUAAUUGACUCUAAAGCCAGUACCAUAUGGGAGGAAUUAUCCUCUCAGAGUGAUCACAUAUCUGGGCAUGAUGCAGAUGGUGAUGAUCUGUUAUUUAAAUGUGUUAUUGUUAUAAAAUUUUACAAGGACUCGGUAUCAGUGGAUAAUAGCAUUCAAAAGCAAGCACAAGAUUAUUUGCCAUCGUUAUCUUCACGUUCCAACUCAAGAUCAGAAUCAUCUUCUUCAGUGCUACCUCAGAGGACACGAAAAUAUGAAAAUUGUUGGGAAAUGUGUAUAUUAAAAGUUACAAUAUUGAACAACAAGCAUCACAAAGUUUCAAAGCGGGAUUACAACACACAGUUGGAUUUUUAUAAAGAGAACUUUUUAAAGAAUAUGUUCAAAAUCGUCGAGUACAUGGAUAAGAGCAAAGACCACAUCCCUCCAAUUCCAUCAAUGGAUCUUUCUCCCUUUCCAUAUAAGGUAUUAUUUGCUUUGAAUACACAUGACCCGGCGUCUUUAAGUACCGCAUUUGCAAGUUUUGAGUCCCUUCCUGGCAAAGGUUCAAUUUCGGGAAAUGUCGAGUUUGUGACAACACCAGAAUCUGGUGAUAUUAUUGUUGGAGGUACUUCCAUGACUGACAGUGAUCCUGGCACACGCGAUGGUACGCAUAUCAAUAUACCAUCAGGUGAGGAGCUUUUACGCAAUGGAUACAAUUUCUUAAGGAAGUUUCUGGAAUAA